UUGAUUAGUACUUUAAAUAGUCCGUGUUUUGUCUGCCUUCUCUCCUUUCUCCUAUUCUCUUCAAUCUGAUGGGUUUGGUGGGGGGAGGUUUUAAGUAAAGCGUGCGCUAUAUAUAUAUACAACAAAACAACAGACAUCCUCUGUAACUCCUGUGUUCUUCAUUCUUCUUUCUUCAGCUUUUUUUUUGUUUUUUUUUUUGAAUUUUUGAGAAGAGAGGGAAGAAGAAGAAAGUUACCAUACUCUUUUAAUUUUUUUUUUGACCAAAAAAAAAAAAAAAAAAAAAAAGUCCAAGACUUGUGUGGGUUUGGUCUGAAAACUCUCUUGUUGUUGUUUGUUGUUGUUGUUGUUGUUCAUAUAUAUGUCUUAAAUUUGUGGGUAAGAAGGAAGUAUUGAUUUUUCUAUCAAUCAUCAUGCAUAGAGUACGAAAUAAACCCACCGCCACUGCUUCCGUUAAGCAUUUAAUUAAACAGAGAGGCGGAGCUACUACGGAGGCUUCUAAGUCGUCGGCGGCGAAUGAUGAUGAUAAUAAUAUUAAAAUUAUGCAGCAGGAGGAGGAGGAACCUAGCAUCGAUACAGACAAACUCAGCUACGAGAUUUUCUCCAUUCUUGAGAGCAAGUUUCUUUUCGGGUACGGCGACGACGAGCCCAAAAUCAAACCCGAACCCGCUAAUUCGGCUGGGUCGGUUAAGAACCAGAGAGGUAAAGUAUGUAUCCUUAGCAUCGACGGAGGUGGGAUGAGAGGGAUUUUUCCCGGCAAGGCUUUGGCUUACCUUGAGCACGCUCUGAAAUCGAAAUCGGGUGACCCGAAUGCCCGGAUCGCCGAUUACUUUGAUGUAGCCGCCGGGUCCGGUAUUGGUGGGAUUUACACAGCGAUGCUCUUCGGUUCAAGAGACGGUUACCGUCCCAUCUUCACAGCCGAUGACACGUGGCAGUUCCUCACCAAAAACGCCAAGGGUCUUUACGGACGAGGACGAGGAGGACGACGAGGGAUCUUGAAACGGGUCAUGAUGAGAACCGGGUCGGCCAAGUUGAACAAAGUGAUGAAGGAGUCUUUCUCGGAGCUUACCUUAAAGGACACGCUUAAGCCUGUGCUUAUUCCUUGCUACGACCUCAAAAGCUCUGCCCCGUUUCUCUUCUCACGCGCCGACGCACUUGAGACGGACGGCUUUGACUUUAGGCUCUGGGAGGUUUGUAGAGCUACUUGCGCUGAGCCUGGUGUUUUUGACCCGUUGGUGAUGAAGUCCGUUGAUGGUCGCACCGAGUGCGUGGCCGUUGGUGGAGGAUUAGCCAUGAGCAACCCCACGGCCGCUGCAAUCACGCACGUGCUCCACAACAAGCACGAGUUUCCCUUUGUGCGAGGAGUUGAGGAUCUGCUUGUUCUCUCUCUUGGUAUGGGUCAGUUGCUUCACGUUAGCUAUGAAUACGACCGGAUUAUCAAGUGGACGGCUAAGCACUGGGCUCGCCCCGCGGCUCUUAUUUCUAAUGACGCUGCUGCUGACACCGUUGAUCAAGCUGUGGCCAUGGCUUUUGGUCACUGCCGCAGUAGCAACUAUGUUCGCAUUCAGGCGAAUGGGUCGAGCUUAGGACCUUGCAGUCCAAACAUAGACACCGACCCUAGUGGGAGCAAUGUGAAUAUGCUGGUGGGAGUAGCGGAGGAGAUGCUGAAGCAAAAGAAUGUAGAAUCGGUUUUGUUUGGAGGUAAAAGAAUCGAUGAACAAAGUAAUUUCGAGAAGCUCGACUGGUUAGCCGGGGAGCUUGUUCUCGAGCAUCAAAGGAGAAACUGCAGAAUCGCUCCAACCGUAGCGUUCAAGCAAUCCGUCCAUAGGACAGAUCAGAAGACAAGGGACAAGGAUAUUGGUGUGACCGCAAGAGAAAGAUGAAAUAAGAAAUGGUUUCUUUUAGAUAAUUUAAUAUUCUUAGGAUAAGGUUUUAUUUCUUUCUUCUCAGGUUAUGAUUUGUUGUAUAGAUUUGUGUUUGAGUUCGAGUUUCCGAGACAUGAUGAGAAAAGGGGAAACACCUAUCAUCAUCUUGCAAAAAAGAGCUCAAGCUCCUUAAUUCAUGCUGCCGAAAAAAAUUAUAAAAACAUGAUUCCUGUAAUUUCGGUUUGUCUUUGUUUUCCUAUAUAAUCAUCAUGAUUUCUUCUUUGAUGA